AUGGCUGAGAAGCAGGAGACGUUCGGCUUUGCCGCCGACAUUAGCCAGCUGCUGGACCUUAUUAUCAACACUUUCUACAGUAACAAGGAGAUCUUCCUUCGUGAGCUGAUCUCGAACGCUUCGGAUGCUCUGGACAAGGUCCGCUACCAGGCUCUGACCGACCCGAGCGUGCUGGAGUCGGAGAAGGAGCUGUACAUUCGCAUCACUCCCGACAAGGAGAACAAGGUGCUUUCUAUUCGUGACACCGGUAUUGGUAUGACCAAGGCCGACCUCGUGAACAACAUUGGUACCAUUGCCAAGUCUGGUACCAAGGCAUUUAUGGAGGCGCUGAGCUCGGGUGCCGACAUUAGCAUGAUCGGUCAGUUCGGUGUCGGUUUCUACUCGGCCUACCUGGUAGCCGAGAAGGUUCAGAUCAUCACCAAGAACAACGAUGAUGAACAGUACAUCUGGGAGAGUGCCGCCGGUGGCACGUUUACGAUUACUCCCGACACCAGUGGUCGUUCUAUCGGCCGUGGUACCGAGUUGCGUUUGUUCAUGAAGGACGACCAGCUGGAGUACCUCGAGGAGAAGCGCAUUAAGGAUAUUGUCAAGAAGCACUCGGAGUUUAUCUCGUACCCGAUUCAGCUCGUUGUUACUAAGGAGGUUGAGAAGGAGGUCGAGGAGCCUGAGGCUGAGACUGCGGAUGACGACAAGAAGCCCAAGAUCGAGGAGGUCGACGACGAGUCGGCUGAGAAGAAGAAGAAGAAGGUGAAGGAGACUGUCACCGAAAACGAGGAACUGAACAAGACCAAGCCGAUCUGGACUCGCGACCCCAAGACGAUCGAGAAUGAGGAGUACGCUUCGUUCUAUAAGAGCCUCACCAAUGACUGGGAGGACCACCUCGCUGUGAAGCACUUCUCUGUUGAGGGUCAGCUUGAGUUUAAGGCCCUGCUCUACAUUCCCAAGCGCGCUCCUUUCGACAUGUUCGAGUCGAAGAAGAAGCGUAACAACAUUAAGCUCUAUGUGCGCCGUGUGUUCAUUACCGACGACUGCGAGGAGCUCAUCCCUGAGUACCUGAACUUUGUGAAGGGUGUGGUUGACUCGGAGGACCUGCCUCUUAACAUUUCGCGUGAGACGCUCCAGCAGAACAAGAUCCUGAAGGUCAUUCGCAAGAACAUUGUGAAGAAGACUCUGGAGAUGAUCUCGGAGGUGGCCGAGGACAAGGAGAACUUUGGUAAGUUCUACGAGGCCUUUGGCAAGAACAUCAAGCUGGGUAUCCAUGAGGACGCCACGAACCGUGCUAAGCUGGCGGAGUUCUUGCGCUUCUACUCGACCAAGAGCGGCGAUGAGAUGACAAGCCUGGCUGACUACAUCACUCGCAUGCCAGAGAUCCAGAAGAACAUUUACUUCCUGACCGGUGAGAGUCUGGCCGCUGUGCGCGACUCGCCGUUCCUGGAGGUGCUGAAGAAGAAGGGCUUUGAGGUGUUGCUCAUGGUGGACCCCAUUGAUGAGUACGCGGUGACUCAACUCAAGGAGUUUGAGGGCAAGAAGCUUGUGUCGGUGUCGAAGGAGGGCCUGGAGCUCGAGGAGACCGACGAGGAAAAGAAGGAGCGUGAGGAGGAGGCGAAGAAGUUCGAAGACCUCACAAAGUCGAUCAAGGACAUUCUCGGUGACAAGGUCGAGAAGGUGACGGUGUCGAACCGCAUUGUUGGUUCGCCCUGCGUUCUGGUCACUGGUCAGUUUGGCUGGUCGGCGAACAUGGAGCGUAUUAUGAAGGCGCAGGCUCUGCGUGACACGUCGAUGUCGCAAUACAUGGCCUCGAAGAAGACCAUGGAGAUUAACCCUCGCAAUGCGAUCAUCAAGGAGCUUGCUGCAAAGGUGGCCAACGACAAGAACGACCCGACGGUUCGUGACUUGACGAUGCUCCUUUACGAGAGCUCGCUCCUUACAUCGGGCUUUUCGCUGGAGCAGCCCCAGGACUUUGCCAACCGUCUCUUCAAGCUCAUUAGCCUGGGUCUCUCGAUUGACGAUGUGGAUAUGGAUGAGGCUCAGCCCGCUGAGGACGCGAAGGCAGAGGAGCCUGCGGCUGAGUCGGCCAUGGAGUCUAUCGACUAA